CUCAUUAAGGAAGUCAUGAAUAGAAGACAACCAGAAAUGGUAUCAAACAGUAGAACAUCUUCUACUGAAGCUGUCGCUGGAAGUGCUCCUCUUUCACAAGGGUCUUCUGGUAUUGUGGAGUUAUAUGGUUCUGAUGUGGAACCACAGACCAGUUCUGUCAACUUUAUAGAAAAUCCUCAGGAUUUAAAUGGAUCCAUCCAAGCCCAUGUUGAUCUUAAUGUAGACCUUGUGAGUCCAGACAGUGGCUUGGCUACCAUUAGAAGCAGCAGGUCUUCCAAGGAGAGCUCUGUUUUCCUUAGUGAUGACAGCCCUGUUGCAGAAGGUGCUGUUUCCCAUCAUAGUCUUCUGCCUGGCUUUGAUUCCUACAGCCCUAUUCCUGAAGGAGCGAUAGCAGAAGAACAAAAACCUCAAUCUAGAGACAGCAGUGGUAACUUUGACCUUUUCAAUUUUGAUCUAGCACCAAUGGUUACAGCUCCAUCUGAAUCCUCUUCUCAUUCUGUUGACUGUUCUCCAGCAGAUGACUAUUUCCUUAAUAGUGAUUCAUCAGAAGGGCAACAACUUGCUAUGCAGAAAGAACAUGAUGAAACAAACUUGCUAGAAAGCGAUACGGCAAAUUAUUCAACUGACUUAGUUAUGACAGCAAAAAAGGAAGAUAGUUUAGCUGAAUUUGAUGUGAGUCCAGGAGAAAUGUUUGAGAAAACUUCAAGUUUGAUUAGUUUAGUUGAGGGUGAUACUUCCUCACCAGAAAUGUUGAAAUCUGCUGAUUCAAGAAUUCCACCGACUCCAAUGAACAGUCUUGUAGAAACUUCACCACUAGAUAAUGGGCAGCCUUUAUUUUUCCCACAAGAAGUUAUUAAAAAAAUAAAUGAAAUAGAGGACACAAAGUGUUCUCAUUCACGUGUCAGAUAUGGAAGCUGGUGGGAUGGCUUUGACUUAGAGUCCCGAAAUGCUGAUACAUGGAGUUCAAGUGAACAAGAAUCUGUAUUUCAAAGCCCUGUCUUGUGGAACAAUUGUAAAGCAAGCCCACUGCUACAAGGACAUAUUGAUAGAAGAGCAUCAGAUUCUGUUUUCCUCCAAAAACAGCCUGAGCAAAUGGAAUACACGACAACAGAUCUGUGGGAUAAUCAGUUUAAACUAAAUGAUCAAAAACAAGAAAAAAAAGAGGAAAACAGUGAACAUUUGUGUUUGCAAACUGCUUCUUCAGAGGGGACAGAACAAGAAUCAGAGAGUUUUAAUGGUGCAUGGAAGAUCAGUCAGCCAACACCUGUGAUGUCAGAUGCAUGGUCCAGUGGAGAAGGAAAAGGAGACUCUUACGAUGUCUGGAUGAAGUUUGACGCAGAAAAUAUUGCUAGAUCCUCAGAAGAACUAUGGAAUGUGUCCAGACUGGAUAGACAAAAAAAAUCAGUGAAUGUUCCUGAGAAAUGGACCAUAACAAAACAUAGUUUAUCAGAUUCUUCAGAAAUUGUAGCAGACAAUGAGACUGAAAACUCACCUACCCAGGUAUCUCUACAAGCCUGGGAUAAAAAAAGAUGUUAUUCCCUAGAAGAGAGUCAAUCAUCUGAAAAUACAAAUUCUGAUAUCAACAAUAUGCAGAAUAACUCCACAUUAGAAACAGAGAAAAAAACUCUAUUUGGUGACCCUAAGAACAGGCCAACACAUCUUGAAAAUGUAGAGACCUGGAAUAGAUAUGAUAAAAACAUCAGGAAAGAGGUAACGGAAAUAGUGGUACCCUGGGAUGAUACCUUCUUGUAUAAACACUCAGAUCUUUGCUCAUCAAAUAUAGGUGAAGACUUAGCUGUUUCUCCACCAGACACCAAUUACUCAACAUCUGAUUCUAAUAUAUCACCUACAUACGUGGAAAAUGGAAGAGAAAAUGAGGGUGGAGAUUUUGCCCAAGAAACAACUACUGAUAAAUUGAUAAGCCCAAAUUUGGCUGAACCGAAAGAACUUGAGAAAGCAAAUAAUGAACUAUUGUCUCCUAUAAACAUGCCCUUUUCAAGAUCCAAAGACACAGACAUUUGGAGCACGCUCUUAAAUAAUGUUGAUGCCCAAUUACAAGAAAGAAAUUCGAACAGUACUGCUCUUUCUACCUCUGCUAAACUGUUACUUAAUUCAGAACAAGCAACAGAUCAGUAUUUUUCAACUGAGGUGCAUACCAAUGAAAAUACCUUUUCUGCAUUCGAAAACAAAAGAGUUACAGCACUAUACAAUCAAACAGUGAAUGACUUAUCACUACCACAGAAUGAAGGAAAUACUGCACAAAGUUUAGCUGCAAAUAUAGAAGCAUUGAGCAGUGCUCCUGUAGAAGACACAGGCACAUCUACACCAACUUCAGAUGCUGGAAAUAGUUUGGAUCUGAAAAUAUGUGAUUUAGAAAGUGAGACACCGAGUAAGGAGCCAGCACAAAACACUCCAGAUGUUGAUGAAAAAUUGAGUAGUCAGCAUUUAGAGCAACAUCUUAACUCAUGGAAUUUACAAACUGAGCAGGAUUGUGAGAAAGGCUGGGACAAUGCCAUUGUCAUCUCUCAGGAAGGAGAAGAGGAAUAUAAGAUAACAGAUGAGACAGAUGGAAAACAAACUAUUACUGACAUUUGCAGCAAACCAGCAGAAGACAGCAGUGAGCCUUCAUGUAACACAGAUUCAGAAGACAAAAGGUCAAAAUCUGAGUUUUCUAGAUCGCUAGAAAAAAUAAGGACUAGUUGUAGUUUGGAAGACUUUGUCACAGAUAAUGACUCAUUUUCCAAUCAGAGUAAUCUAAUCUGUCAAGAGGAGAGGAAGGAAUUGUCACAGAAUGAUGCAGAGUCUUCUUCAAGUGCUUCUGAGGAAGACAGAAAUUAUGAAUCUCUUGGUGACUCCAGACCACAAAGUUACAGUUACAGUGAAAUAUUACAGCCUCUUACUGAGAAAGAUGAAAAGGAGACUGUAGUGAUAGAGGAUGCAACAAGUCCUGAGACGGAAAGUAUCUUUGAAAAUAAUUCUUCUAAAAUGCCUGCAAAGUCAGAUAGCUGGAAUGACUCUGGAAAGAAUGACUCUGGUUGCCACUUACCUAUGUCAAUUCCUUUGAUGAAUGAACCAUCAGAAACACUGGGAGAUAUAAUAGAGGGCUCACAUAAAGUGUUGAACCACCCACACAUAAGCAAUUCUAAGGUAGUGUCUUUUGAAAAUAGCUCAGAACUAAGCAGCACUCAUGAAAAUAUUUUCAUAGAUGAGUCUCCAUCUACUAAAUUUAAGAAGAGUCCUUCUGCUGGUUAUGUCAGUGUUCCUGACAUCACAGGCAUAUCUAUGAUGGAUAAUUCAUUUUCACAUGAUAUAGCUUUGGGGAAAAACGAAAAUUCUGAAAAUUUAGAAUCUGCUGAUAAGCUUUGCAGGGAACUGUGUGUAACGCUUAAUAACAGUUUUCCUGAAACUGCUUGGAAUUUACAGCAACAUGAGGAUUUUAAAUCUCCUGGAACAAGUCCUGAAGCAAGUGAAGUCCAUGAAAUGGCAACCACCACAAGCAGCCUUUCAAAGGAUAUACAGAUCAGAAGUUAUUUGGAGGAAGACAAUGUAUGGAGUGAUUCAAUAGAUGAUUAUACACACUCAAGUGGAACGAGCCCUGAUUUAAGUGAUGCAUCAGUGAAUGUGUGGGGAGAACUUCCAGUUGACAGUAAUCACAAAGAAAAAAAAGAUAUGUGGGAUAGUAAAAAUGAUAAAAAUCUUAAGGAGGCUUGCAAAAUCAAAGACUUUGGGAAUAAAGAUCAGGAACAAUUUGAAGAAAGCACAGCACAGAAUAAGGUUCCCAAAAGCUUAGAUUUUUGGAAUGCUCAUGUAGAUGAUGAUACUGUAUCUUCUUUAUCAAGUCCGGAACUAAAUGAGGAUUCAGAAAAUUCAGAGGCAUGUCCGGAAGAACUGAAUGAAGAUUCCACAUAUGAAAACAAGGAGCACAAAUUAUCUGAAAUUGGUGCAGAUUAUGCAAAAUCAAAUGCAACAAGUCCUGAAGCAAAUGAAGACAAUUUGGAUGCAAAAAAUGAAGUGGCAGAAGACAUCUUUGUAGAUAUCUUAAAUAAAAACCCUGAAACUAUUGAAGUUCAGAAUGUAUCACAGGAGGACUUUAACGUAAUAGAGCAUAAUGAGACUUCUGAAUAUUUAGAUCAGCGUGAAACACUUCAGAAUAAGGCUCAAGUGAGUCCUUGCAGCGAAAAAGUGGGUAGCACAGAAGGUUCACAUUUGUAUCAGAUGAAUGCAGAUAAAACAAUGACUUCUGUUGGUGGUAAAAAAGAAUACUUUGCAGAAAGUGGUAUGUGGAGUUUGUCGUUGGAAGCUGAUUUAGGAACUGAUCAGAAAUUCAGUGUAGGAACAUUUGAUUUUCCGUAUGACAGUUCAGGAUGGUGGAAUUCACCAACUUGUGGAGAAAACCUGGUGGAAGACCAGAAUUCAAUUUCAAGUCACUCUGCAACAUAUCAAGUAACAAACAAUAAGGAGGAGUCUUGUAGAUCACCUGCACAAAAUGAAGAGCUAACAGAAACGCAUUCCACUGAACCAAAUGAUGGAAAUCAGCCUGUUCACCUGUACUGUGAUGUGGAAGAAAAUGAAAGGCUGUUAUAUCCUAUGAAUCUUUCUGAUAGCCAAGUAAAUGAAGACACUGAGGAGUUCAAACAAUAUGAUCCUUUUAUACUAGAUGAUACAGAAGAAAGGGACUUGAAAGAGCAGUUUUUUCCCACAAAUGAGAGUAAUCAACUGUCUUCACAGAAUACUUUUUCAUAUGAUCAACAAGAUAUGUCAAAUACAGCGGAUCAAAAAACCAUAGUACAUGAUCAACCAGAAGGCCAUGAGGGAAAUGCAAAUCUCAUCCUUCUAGAACAACAGCUAGACACUUGUGAAACAGUAGAACACAACCAUCUGACAGCUUUCACUAUAGAAGACUUGUCUUUUGAAAUGACAGAGAAGUCAAGUCCAGUGUGGAAUGUAUUGGGUUCCCAAACUGCACUUAUCCCAGAUAUUUUACAAGAUAACACAAAAGAAGGUAAUCAGUCAUUUUCAAUGGAACCUGACCUGUGGACUAGUGCAGAACAGCCUGUCACUUUGAAAUCAGUUAGUGAAAAUCCUGAUAUAUUAAAUCAUUGUGAACAAGACAGUAGUUCUGAGGCGUCAAACAGUCCAGAUGUGUGCCAAGAAUAUGAAGUUAAGCAUGCCUCUAUCCCAUCUUCCCAGAUUAGUGUAAAACCUGAAAGACAAGAUAGUCAGAUGACUCACAUGCAGUCAAAUAAGAGUGAAGAGAUAGAUUCUGACACAAAGAGUCAGUUUGUAAUGCAGAAGACAGAGGCUGAAUCUAAAAGUAAUAGUCCCCAAGACUGUGAUCAGGGAAAGACUGAUGAAUCAUAUCGGCUUAUGUCUUCUAAUUCUCAAGAGCCUCUCGAAUUUGCAGUUUUGGAACAUGAUCUAGAAAAUAAACCUGCUCUUAAGACAACUGAAUCAGUCAACAUCCCCAGUGAAGUUUUAGGAAUGACAUCAUUAGAUCUGAAAGAUGCAUUCCAUGAAAGUUGUAUUCCUGUAAGUUAUCAAGGAACACCAACAGAUUUGUCUCAAAUGGCGACCUUCCAGACAAACUUGGUUCCCAUGAAUUUAACUCUACCUGCUAAAGCAGAGCAGAACUUGAAAGAAAUUAGUGCCUUGGAUGAAGCUGGAAAAUAUUCUGAUAUUGAGAAGGUAGCAAUAACUGGUGAUGACAUACCAGCAGAGUUCUUGGAUGAAUCUGAGAAGGGUUUGGAACAUAACAUCUGUAACACGUCAGUCACUAGUAUGACAGUGAGCACAUGUGGUGAAAUUAAUAUAUUAGAAGUAGCAGGUAGUGAAGCCACAGAAGGAGAAUCAAAGAAUACACAAACAUUCUUUCCCAAAUCCUUUCUUCUUGGUGAUAAUGAGGGCUUUGAAUCUAAUUCAAAUGAUCAAUUGAACAUAACAAAAGGAUGUGAAGACGUAAUUGAGAAAGAUGUUCCUAUGUUUAAGGAAAUGCUCAGCGACCAGUCACUAGUGGUGUACACUCCACCAUUCCAUGUGUCUUUUGAUGCUGAACCCUCUAGCAGCAGAUGUACAAAGGAUGAGCUCUUGUUAAAGCAGCCAUUUUGUAACAAUGUUUCUUAUGAAAAGCCUUUACCACUAACUCCGUUGGAAGGUGAAGAAGGCAUCCUAAUGACCAAAGAAAAUAGCAUCGAAGAUCAGGUGUCUUUACCAGAGAUCCUUCAGAAGAAUCACAUGUCAGAACCUUCAUUCUUAGAGUCCCAAGAAGCUCUCGGAAUUUCUGUGGUUUUGAAAGAAGCAACUGAUCUCGACUCACCGCCAGGUGGAGAUAAAAGAUCACCUGCUGAAGCUGAUGCUACUUCCGUGCUUAGAAGGGAGAAUAAGCCAAGAAAUUCUUCUGAGAGCCCUGAACUGGAAAGUACAGAGAGUAAGGAGGAUAUGAGAAUGCAGGUUCACAGAGAUCCAGCUUCAGUAGAGAUGGAUUACAUCCUUGUUACUGAGGAAGAAAAUAUGCCUUCAGCAAGGGAAAGUGAUUUUGUGUUUCAAGAGGCUGUUGUACCUGGACAAACAGAAUCUAAUGAAGGCUUUUCACGAAGCCCAUUGGAUACCUUUCAGUCAAUCUCCAUAAUAAAUGAAAGGGAAGACCAAUCUGCUUGUGGGGCUGAAUGGGACUUAGAUGAGAAAAGCUCUUCUGUUGUUGUGCCUCAAAAACUCGAGGAUGGAAGGGAAUCAGGAGAAAGAUUUGGGCAAGAUGAGGGUUGGAUUAUAUUGGGCCAAAAUGAAGUCUGUGAUAUAUCAUCUGGGGAAAUUUCUGCUGAGUCAGAGAUGCCAAAAUUUGAGUCUGGACAUUGUGGCAAAGUAGCAGAAACUGCUGGAGGGCAGGAAUCAACUCCUGAAACUCAAGUAGAAUUUCAGGAGGAUGAUGGUAAUGGUGCGUGGGAAACAAAUAAUCAGCAGGAGCUUGGGAAUAACACAUUCACAGAACAAGAACUGAAAGAAGAGUCUGUGCUUCUCAACAGUGAAAGAAAACUGAGUGAGAAAUCAGGGUUGAUACAAGAUAAUGUAGGAAUGGAUAUCUCCUUUGCUGAGGGUGUAUUGAGCCCCAGUUCUACAGAGAUGAGGCCUGAACCUCCCAAUUCUCUCGAUCUUAAUGGUACCCAUCCCAGAAGGAUAAAGCUCACGGCUCCAAAUAUCAACCUUUCUUUGGAUGAGAGUGAAGGUUCUAUACUUUCUGAUGAUAAUUUGGAUACUCCAGAUGAAAUUGAUAUCAAUGUGGAUGACCUUGACACUCCUGAUGAAGCAGACUCUUUUGAAUACACUGGACAAGAAGAGCGGAAUGCUGCUAAGGAUGCUUCCCAGGAGGAGUCUGAAUCAAUUCCAGAAUACACUGCUGAAGAGGAGCGAGAAGACAACAGGUUAUGGAGAACAGUGGUUAUAGGGGAACAAGAGCAAAGAAUUGAUAUGAAAGUCAUUGAACCUUACAAAAAGGUUAUUUCACAUGGAGGCUACUAUGGUGAUGGUCUGAAUGCUAUCAUUGUGUUUGCUGCGUGCUUCUUGCCAGACAGCAGCCGAACUGAUUACAACUAUGUCAUGGAAAAUCUUUUCCUGUAUGUAAUCAGUACCUUAGAGCUGAUGGUAGCUGAAGACUAUAUGAUUGUAUACUUGAAUGGAGCUACACCAAGAAGGAGGAUGCCUGGGCUGGGUUGGAUGAAAAAGUGUUACCAGAUGAUUGAUCGUCGUUUAAGGAAGAAUUUGAAAUCGUUCAUAAUUGUCCAUCCGUCAUGGUUCAUCAGGACAAUUCUGGCUGUGACACGACCUUUUAUAAGCUCUAAGUUCAGCAGUAAGAUACAGUAUGUCAACACAUUGGCAGAGCUUCGUGAGAUGAUUCCAAUGGAAUAUGUGCACAUACCAGAGAGCAUUGUCAAGUAUGAUGAAGAGAAGUGUAUUAAGAGAAGAAUGAGGUAAAAUUUGCUUUCUAGCCCAUGCUGCAGCUUAUUGCGGAGUAAACCUGUGUGACAGCCAGUCACCAAAAGGU